AUGACUGAUCAAUUAGGUAUUGCUUACGGAGGUGCUUUAGUUGUCGGCGGUCUUCUCGGUUAUCUUCGAGGUGCCAGUAUCAUCUCUCUUUUCUUAGGUGUCGUUUUGGGCGCUUGGACUAUUUACAAUGCCACUCGUCCUAGCCGACAAAAUAACAUUGCUAACUUGGCAAUUGCUGUGGUUCUCGGUGUUGUUAUGUUAAUACGUUUCUUAAUUUCUGGUAAAGUAUUUCCAGCACUUGUUAUUGUGGUUUUAUCUGCUGGUCAAGUGUAUCGCAAUAUGAAAUAUCUUAAAUGA